UACAGGCUGUAGUUCGAAAGUCCACAUUUGCUCUAGAAACCGCGCCGCUACUGUGCUGGUUGAGUGGUGACCAGACCUGAACAACAGAAGCAGAUAGUCAGAACUCCUAAGAAAUUUGAACUCUUCAAUUUCUUCUUCUUCUCUAAUUUUUUUUACUACUCCUGCUUUCUUUCUCUACUCCGAUCCAAGUUAAACUGUAAAAAGUAAAAAACAAAAAGUAGCAGAAGAUGAGCGUGAUCGACAUCUUGACCAGAGUCGACGCGAUCUGCAAGAAGUACGACAAAUACGACGUCGAAAAGCAGAAGGAUCUCAAUGUCGCCGGCGACGACGCCUUCGCUCGCCUCUACGCCGCCGUCGAAUCCGACCUCGAAUCUGCUCUUCAGAAAGCGGAGUCUGCUUCGAAGGAGAAGAAUAAAGCAUCGGCGGUUGCGAUGAAUGCGGAGGUUCGUCGGACCAAGGCUAGAUUGCUAGAGGAGGUUCCUAAGUUGCAGAGAUUGGCUGUGAAAAAGGUGAAAGGGCUUUCGGGGGAGGAGCUUGCUGCUCGUAAUGAUUUGGUGCUUGCAUUGCCGGAUAGGAUCCAAGCUAUACCAGAUGGGAGUGCUCCUGCAGCCAAACAAAGUGGAGGUUGGGCGGCUUCGGCUUCUCGUACUGAGAUCAAAUUUGAUUCAGAUGGUCGGUUUGAUGAUGAAUACUUUCAACAAACUGAGGAGUCGAGUGGAUUUAGGCAGGAGUUUGAAAUGCGGAAAAUAAAGCAGGAUCAAGGCUUAGAUAUGAUAUCCGAAGGUUUGGAUACACUGAAAAACAUGGCUUCUGAUAUGAAUGAGGAAUUAGAUAGGCAAGUUCCUUUGAUGGAUGAGAUUGACACCAAGGUGGACAAGGCAGCAUCUGACCUUAAGAAUACUAAUGUUAGACUUAAAGACACAGUGAAUCAGCUGAGAUCGAGUCGGAAUUUCUGUAUUGAUAUUAUUUUGUUGUGUAUAAUUCUGGGAAUUGCUGCAUAUUUGUACAAUGUACUGAAGAAGUGAGAUGAACUAAAGAGCCAUUUGACCUGUUUGUAUGAUGUGGUUUGUCUGGCGUUUUCUUGCAUAUGGAGCGGCUUGUUGUGCUUGAUUUAUUAUUUUUAUUGUUUCUCUCAUGUAUUAGGGUUCCUGCUUUCUUCUCAUGUGUUAGAACCUUUGCUUAAUAUAUAAUAACAUCAUUUGUACACAAAUGUGAGCACAUUGGUCAUGUCUUUAUUAAUAAUAUUGGCUUAGUUGCAGUCA